AUGAACGACGAUGCAGAUUUCGAGUCAGCUGUGCAGAACAUCCAGAUGCAAGGCUAUCUGCAUUCGCAUAGAUUACGCAUAGCAGCAGCCAAGAAAGAAGCUUUCAGGGAAGAGAGGGCUCAGAUCAAAACGCGCCUUCGUCGAGAGAAGGAUCGGCUGGAACACAACGCAUUCACCACGGAAACGGACCUGAAGAAAGCCUUUGAAGUCGCCAGUCAGGCUUGGUGUCGGCCCUUUACCUCUUUGCUCGUGGGGAAACUACCGCCAGAACUCCGCCGUAUGAUCUUCGAUCACAUAUUCACCAUUCAGAACCCUCGGCGUUUUCUGGGCUUCCAGAUUAGGCAUCAGUGCCGUCCAUACCAAGCCGACGACUGUGAUUCAAUAUGCGCAACAGUAUGCGACAUGGCAUUACCCAGCAAUUUGUUUCUUGUCCAUGAAAGCUGGGUCGACGAAGCCUUCGCCGUGGAAGCUGCCGCAACACUCUAUCGCACUACGCUUGUGCGCUUACAAAACGCCAAAGACAUUUCGCGCAUCCUAGACGAGGACACGUUGGGCACGAAAUGCAUACCACGCGACCACAUCACACACAUCGAGGUGGAGAUAUCCCCGCGUUGGCUGGAUUUGCUGCUUAGCGGCCGAGUUUAUGGUAGCCUGCUGCGACAGUUUGUCGACUCGCUUCUUCCACUCUUAAGCAUCAAGAAGCUGAAGGUAGUUCAUCUUGCCUUCCGCAUAGGCUCAAGGAGCGACAUAUCUCUCUUCCCUUACUUCGAAAAUUUGCUUGCGCCGGUCAUUCAUGGGCUGUAUGCUAUGGGCGCUGAGGUUUUUUGGUGUAGUAAGAGGCCGUAUGCAGAUGACUCCCGCAUGUUCCAGAUGUUGGAAAGGGAUUAUACACAGCCUUUGGAUCAGAUGAUGCAGAAUCUAACAGGUCUUGAGGAUUACUGGGCUGGUUGGGCCUUGCUCUAA